GUCAGAAGUGUUCUCUGAGUCGUGCUGAACAGUGGAAAAUUCUCUUGCCACGGCUUUGGGUGAAAAGUUGUGCCCAUUUUUUUAUUUGGAAGGAUCAUACAUGGUGAAGCUGUCCAGCGCGAAUUAAGUCAUCAGUGAAAGUUAACAGAGCAGUGAAGUCCUGUGACCUGGCGACAAGUGUGAAUCCUCUGCCACUCAGCUUCGCUUUUGCUGCCCCUAAUCAAAUUGAAACAUAUCGAUCCGUGCUCUUGUGCGUCGAAUUUUACACCAUCAGAGAAAGAGAGAGGGAGCGUGAAAGAAUUUUUCCUGGCAAUCCCCUUGGGAAGGCCCCGUCAUUUUUGGCCAGUGUGCAAAGAAAGAGCUCCUCCCGCCUAAAAGCAUAACACUGUUAGCAAUUCCUCUGUCCUUCAAAUGUCUCUGUAACUCACUCCCUCCCCCGUUCGCACUCUCCCGACCCCCUCGUGAAAAGCACGCAAUAAAUGGCGCCGUUCAAGCUCAAGUUCCGCAUGGGCAGCUCCAGGAGCACGUCACAGGAAGCCACAGCGGAGCCGGAUGUGGCGCAGGUUCAUCAGCAGCCGCUGCUCGGCAGCCAACCCUCUGCGGCCUCCACCACCACCAUCGACACGGACAGCCUGGGAUCGCUCAGUGGCGACAGCAGAGCUCUGCUCCACAACUCCUCAUCCGCCGCCGGACGCAUAGGAUACGAGAAUCCGACACUUCAGCAGCAGAAUUUUUCCGAUACGGCUUCAGUGAACAGAAACAGCACAGUUCCUCUGAGUCCACCGCCGUCCUAUGAACACGUUCUAGAGGAGAUAUCCAAAAUAACGACCCACAUGGAAAUGUUACAGAAUCGCCUCGCGACUCUGGACAAAGACAACAACCCCACGAGCUCCCCCGUCAACUGGACGUACUGCAGCGGCGGCAGCAUGAACGAGAACUGCCCGGGCAGCUCGGACUGUCCGCUGGGCGACAGCGAGGAGACGCUGGACUCGCCCAUCUACACGUGCUCCACCAUCACGACACCCUCGCAGGAGAAUCUGCUGACCUGCACGGGCUCCUGCGACCCGCUGUACGCGCACGGCUCCUGCCCGGCCAUCCAGGAGGACGGCCAGGAGGGCGAGCAGCCCGAGUGCCAGGCGGAGGUGAGUGAGGACGAGGAGAACAACUCGGACGCCGAGUGGAACUCGCACGAGCACCAGCAGAUCCGCAUCCAGCUGCCGCCGCAGAGUCCGGAGAUCCUGAGCAACAAGAGCAGUAAGGAGCUGUACAAAGCUGUGGCCAAGCAGUACGGGAUCGCGUGCGAGAUGAGCUCGUCAUGCAAAUGCUUAGAGUGCGCCUGCCACUAUUUUGACUGCGAUUUCGAUGAGAAUGACCAUCAAAAGACUGAUGGCGGACUUAGUGCUGGAACGCCGAUGUUCAUCAGCGAAGUGAUGCACGGAUCGGGCUGUAGCAUUUUGUAGAGGAAGGCGGAAUUUGUCCAAAACAUUUUUUGAGAAUUUGUCAAUGGCCUGCAAGUGAAUUAAUCAACAAACGAUGAAAUCAACGGUCAUAAGUAAAUAUUGUAUUUAGCGGUUUAAAAGGAGGAGAAAACUGAAGACAAAAAAAGUGUCUCUAUAUAUAUAUAUAUUGAUAUUUAUUGAGAAGGGGAGAAAUAGUGUAAAACUGCACACAUUUUUUUCAUAGACAAGGAAGAAAGAAAAAAAAACCGUAAUUUCCCGUAAAACAAUUGCACAAAGUAAAGACAAGUCUUAAGAUAUAGAGUAUUUGUAAGCCUAACAAAACUCCACUAAUCAGGGUGUCCAUUUACCAGCGCGAGUGUGGAAGAGGAGACAAAUUCUUGUGUGAAAGGCGAGGAUAGGAAGAGUGUGUAAACAUAAGCACUAGAGAGUCUGUUAGGGAUAUAUUUUUAUAGUGAGAAGCUCCGCGAGUUGCAAACUUGGCCAACCGGAGCUCAGCGACUGUUCUGCACUGCAAACUUCUGACCUAUGCGAGAGAGUGGUUCUAAUAAUUGAAGGAUGUUGACACAAGACUUGACUGAAUACUUGACAACCUUGAACUGUAAGUCAUUAUUAUUGUACAACUUACAAAAAGAGGAUAAAGCGUACUCCUGUAGCCACUAAUGUUGGCAAUAAAGCUCUCUUUCCAGUUGAAUUUCACUCACUGCCCAUUCCCAAAGUCACCUCACUCUCUCUCUCUCUGUCUAGCGAGACACCCACAACUGAGAAAUAGGAUCGUCACGUUCUCCCAAACUAUCCACCUUCUAUAGAAGAGAAAUGAAGCCCGCAGUGAAAGAGUUUAGCCUAUGUAGAAAUUGUAACUGGAGGGAGAUUGUAACUAAUUUUAUAAAAUAAAAUUUAUGU